AUGAGCUUUGCUGAUGAUGACCCGUCUCUGGGAUCGGAUUUCACGUCUGCACCACAACUCAAGUUGAUUGAGACACAACAAGGCACUCAACCCGAUACAAUUGCAGCUGAUACGAGUGUGAUAAAUGAUGGAUCAAACGCCGAGCCUCUCGGAGAAACGAGACCCUGGUUGAAUCCGGAGGCUGAAACGCAACAAUGGAACUUGGCUGGGAAAAGGGUCGGUCGACGGAGUACAAUGACAGCUGAAGAAAAGAAACGAGAUAAUAAACUUCGUAAGCAGCAAAGAAAAGCGGCGGUAAAGAAAGCUGUUGCGCAUGCUAGUGUGACUUCAGAUAGUGCAGGCGUAAAUGCGAGUGGAGUGCCCGAAAAUGUCAAACAAGCCCCGCGUCAAAAGGAAAAAGAGCGACGAAAACGAAAAAGAGCAGAAGCGAAUGGCACGGAAGCUAUGGCACCUCAGCACGCAAAACAAGGAUAUCGACAAGGGGUUUAUGGAGGAUCAUUCGCUCGCUCGGGAGGACUUCAGGGACAAUCGAUAAAACAAGCACGACAAUCUCGCCCUGGUCCAAAGCGUGGCCCUGUUACUCCAGAUAGAAGAUAUGGGAACACAAAUUUUUUCCCACAAACAUCGGGCCAAUAUGAUAAUGUUUAUGCUGGAUAUGAUCCUUCAAGUCACAAGCGUCAACCACGACCUGGUUAUUAUGAUUCGUACGGUGAGGGAUAUUCCGGAGGAUAUUACAAUGGUCAAGGCUAUGGUCAAAACCAGGAUCACGAGGGUUAUGGGGGCUAUUAUGAAGGAUAUUCUAAAGGAAAUCAAAAGGGUUAUUCUGGGGAGUAUUUUAAAAAUGAUCGUGCUUCUCACAACCAGUAUGGUGAAUAUUACGGCAGUCAGUAUGGCGAUUACUAUCGACAAUAUGGUGGGUAUGGCCCAGUUGACCUUGGCGAUGAGAUGAUUACGAUGCGAAAAUCUGAGCUGGCUGCUCUGAUUGAGAAGGAACGAGCCAAGGAAAGAGAACGAUUGCCACAAACUUCCGCCGCAUACGGUGAUCAGGCUAUGACACUUCAACGACGACAAGAGGCACGAGAUGCUGCUACUGAUUUGCUUUAUGAAAUGUUGCAAGAAGCUGGAGUACAAGUACAAGAGCUCCGAAAGCGAGAACAAGAGAGAAAACGACUGCCACCCGGAGAUGACCGUGGUGCAGCUGCUGUAUUGCUGGAGCUUUUGCGAUCUAGAAGAGAUCAACAACAUACUCCGCCACCGACCACAUCUCAACAGAGCCGCGCCGAAAGAGGAGAAAAGGAAACGAAUAAUGCUGCUGCCGCGAGUGCAAUUCUGUCUACGGAUCGUCCGUUCUCGUAUUCAGACUUUGCUAAGGGCGCUGCAAAGCCUGUACCAUUUAUGGAAAAGACUCCAGUUGGCGUUGACGGGGGUUUGUACUCACGUUAUGCUACGCCUCCACGUCCGCCAGCAAGUACCUCGGCUGAUGGUUUCUUCUAUUCAUCGGCUAUCAAUCAACAAAUCACACCACAAAGAAGCCUUUCGGUGCCGCCAAAUGCCUACUCAAAUAGUCCUGAGAUGAAUCAGCAAAUGAAUAACAAGCCAGGCAACGAU